CAGAUCGCAACGAAAGAAAUAAACCAGAGCAUCGUUCCUCAAGCCAAGGACCCUUGUCAUCCAUUAGAGCGGUAAUCAAGAGAUCACUCAUGAAUAGUGCACAGCAAAAAUGCCCCGUGGAAGAGCUUCUCGGACUUCUAUUCAGAGUGAACUUCAUCGAGAUAGGAGGCGCCCAGAGAUUACCAUUGUGGCAGCUGAGCCGCUGAGUCCAGCCUCCUGGUUUCCAGGAGCCCCACCCCCAGGAUUGGGAUAUCCCCCAUCUUCUGCAGCACGCACUUGGAGGUCGAAUGAGCUGGUUCCUGCCGAGCUUCCACCAUCUUAUGAACAAGUCAUAAAAGAAAUCAACCAAGUUCAAGUUAACACUACAAAUAAUAACAAUGCUGCUGCCACUCCAAGGCACACUAUUACUUCUGCAACUCAGACUGACUUUUCAGAAGAAAUAGACAACGAUCUGCCUCAAACACUACAGGCACCUCUCAAGCCUCUGCAGCCUUCCCCAGAAUUCUCAUCUGGUGAUCUUCCAACAAAUGUAGCGCCUUUAAUAGUCUUUGAUAUUUCCGAAGAACAAACUUGUUCAGAAAACCCAAGUGCUACAAAAUGUCCAGUGCCAAGACCAAGAUCAAAAAGCAACCUCAGACCAAUAGCCAGAGAUACUCACAUUAAAGAGCAAAGUCACCGGAAAAUCAGCCCAGCAGCCACGGAAGAGUCAUCCCCAGGCCUGCUCCAGUCUCUGUUGGACAAUACCAACGACUUUGACAGUCAGGCAGUGAUGAACAUUAUGAACACAGAACAAAGCCAAAAUAGUAUUGUUUCAAGGAUCAAAGCUUUUGAGGGUCAGACAAACGUAGAAACCUCGGCACUACCCAAGAAACCAGAAAUUACUCCCCGCACACUUCCCCCAAAGCCUGCUGUUUCCUCGGGAAAACCCUCUGUGGCUCCCAAGCCAACUGCUCAUAGAGCUUCUGGAGAAUGGGACUCUUGGACUGAAAACAGACUGAAGGUGACCUCUAGGGAAGGGCUCACCCCACACUCUCCACCAGAAGAAGCAGGAAGCAUCCCAUUAACCAAACCUGAAUUGCCAAAGAAACCAAAUCCUGGCCUUAUACGGAGUCUUAAUCAUGGGAUUUCAGGAGGAGGGCCUGUGGCCGAGAGGCCUGAUGGUGGGAAGAAAGUCCCAACUCCUGCUCCACGGCCUUUGCUGCCGAAGAAAUCAGUUUCCUCAGAAAAUACCACCUACCCUUCAGUUCCACUGAAACCGGUCACUGUUCCUCCCCGACUCUCAGUGGUGCCACAAGCCAAAGCAUUCAGGUCACUGGAAGAAGGGCCUCUGGCCCACCCUCCAGUUCCAGUUCUGCAAAGCAAGCCCUUGGGGGACAUUGACCUCAUCAGCUUUGAUGAUGAUAUUUUACCCACCCCAUCUGGGAACCUGGCUGAAGAAUCUAUCAGUUCAGAGACGGUUCUAGAUCCCUUUCAGCUCCCCACAAAAACAGAACCAACAAAAGAAGGAGCAGUUCAGCCAGCACCCACCAGAAAGCCCACUGUAAUUCGAAUUCCAGCCAAACCAGGAAAAUGUUUACAUGAGGAUUCACAAAGCCCACCCCCUCUCCCUGCUGAAAAGCCUAUUGGAAACACUUACAGUGUAGUAUCUGGAAAACUCAGUAAUGUUGACAGAAUUAGAAAAUUGGAACCUGAGCACACUGGUCAAACAGGAGGUCUUAUGCGAGGACCCCCAAGGUUGCCACCUAGACCCGUAAAUGGAAAAGCCAUUUCAACUCGGCAGCCUCCUCCCAAGGGAGCCCCUGAGAGACCACCUCCCCCCAAACUCUCUGCUACCAGAACAUCAAGUAAAAAACUGCCUUUUAAUCGGUCCUCUUCUGACAUGGAUCUUCAGAAAAAACAAAGUAACUUGGCAUCUGGACUCUCAAAGGCCAAGAGUCAAGUCUUUAGAAAUCAAGAUCCGGUGCUACCCCCUCGCCCCAAACCGGGACACCCUCUCUACAGGAAAUACAUGCUGUCUGUGCCUCAUGGAAUUGCCAGUGAAGACAUUGUCUCACAAAACGUCGGAGAACUCUCUUGUAAGCGUGGGGAUGUACUUGUGAUGCUGAAGCAGGCAGAAGAUAAUUACUUGGAAUGCCAAAAGGGAGAAGAUACCGGCAGAGUUCACCUGUCUCAGAUGAAGAUUAUCACUCCACUCGAUGAACAGCUGAGAAGCAGACCAAAAGCUCCAGGCCACGCUCAGAAGCCUGUUGACAGUAGUGCUCCUCAUGCUGUCGUUCUUCAUGAUUUUCUGGCAGAGCAAGUUGAUGAUUUGAACCUUACUUCUGGAGAAAUAGUUUAUCUUCUGGAAAAGAUAGAUACAGAUUGGUACAGAGGGAAAUGUAGAAACCAGACUGGCAUGUUUCCUUCCAACUACGUCAAAGUAAUUAUUGAUAUUCCAGAAGGAGGAAAUGGGAAAAGAAAAUCAGUUUCAUCUCAUUGUGUUAAAGGCCUAAGGUGUGUUGCUCGGUUUGAAUAUAUUGGCGACCAGAAGGAUGAGUUAAGCUUCUCAGAGGGAGAAAUUAUUAUUCUCAAAGAGUAUGUGAAUGAGGAAUGGGCGAGAGGAGAACUUCGAGACAGAACUGGGAUUUUCCCACUUAACUUUGUGGAACUUAUAGAGGAUUAUCCCACCUCUGGUGCAAAUGUUCUAAGCACAAAGAUACCACUGAAGACCAAAAAAGAAGAUGCUGGCUCAGAUUCUCAGGAUAACAGUAUUUCUGGAGAAUGGUGUGAAGCUCUUCACAGUUUUACAGCAGAGACUAGUGAUGAUUUAUCCUUCAAAAGAGGGGACCGGAUCCUGCUUCUGGAGCGUCUGGACUCUGACUGGUGCAGGGGCAGACUGCAUGACAGGGAGGGGAUCUUCCCAGCAGUUUUUGUGCGGCCCUGCCCAGCUGAGGCAAAACGUAUACCUGCUGUAGCACCGAAGAGGAGGAAGGCCAAAGCCUUGUAUGAUUUCCACGGGGAGGAUGAAGACGAGCUUUCCUUCAAGGCUGGAGAUAUAAUCACAGAGCUGGAAUCUGUAGAUGAUGACUGGAUGAGCGGAGAACUAAUGGGAAGAUCUGGAAUAUUUCCCAAAAACUACGUUCAGUUUCUACAAGUCAGCUAAAGGUGAAGCUUGACUGUGUUCCUUGGCACAAGAACUCACUUGAACUAUCACUUUGACUAUCAGAUACGUUUUUGCACUAUUUUUUUAAACCGAAAGAGAAAUAUCUAAGCUGUACAUGGUACACUAGAAUUUUCUGAAUGCAGAAAACUUCUAGAUUUUGUAGUUAGCUUUCAUUCACAGUAGAAAGGUGCACAUGGAAACCUGUCUGCUAGGAUUCUAUCAGAGAAAACAUCUAGUGGGAUUAGCAAGGCAGAUACACAUCCCCCAGGGAAAGCAUCUGGGACAUGGCAGCAUGGGGAGGCUUACAAGCAUACGUUGCACUUGGACAUCUGUUUUAAUCAGCACACGUGAAUUAACUAUGCUUCUUCAUUUUUUACUUUAAAAAAAGGACAUUUGAUAUUCUACAUGCUGUACCUAUCGGGACAUGGUUGGUAAUCUAAAUUUCAUUUUUGAUACUUAAAUUAAUUCUAACUGCUUGAGCACAUUAGCCUCACUACCAGGGCAAAUCCUUGCUUCAGGAGGGAUAGUUUGUUGACUAGUUGGAGCAUAAAGUGAAAUCAGCUCCUUGUGUUACUGAGUAUUUCCCAUUUGUCCAAUGAUUUGAAGGGGAUCAAAAUUUGAGGUAUCUUACUUAGUUAAAAGAACAAAAACCAUCCCUGAAAUGCCUUGCUAAUUAAUACAACUAACCCUUCCAUAUAUAUAUGCCAUACUUACUUCUUUCCUCAGUGUAUACUUUAUGUUAGCAGGGUUAUUACAAAGCACGUUUUCUGAAUCUGCAAUCAUUCCUUUGACAAUUACUGGUACCCAAAGGAAAACUCAUUUUCUUUGCAUUACUCCAGUAAUACAUAAAAGCUGUUUCUUGUUAUAGUAGUACAUUAUGAAUCACGUAUAAUAGAAUACAGAACAACUGUUAAGAUGGAAAACAAUGCCAAACCCCCACAGUUCACUUCUUCACAAUAUAAUCAAGAAUGAAAAAUAGUUUAAGACGACUGAAAGCUGGUACUCUUUUGUUUUCGUUUUUCCCUAGCUCAUUUCCGCACAAUUAUUAGAGAAAAUAAAAAGCCACUUUCCUGCUAUCCAUUGUUAUACGUUCCAAGCUUAAGAUAAGGGCUGGCCAGUUAGCUUAGUCGGUUAGAGCUCAGUGUUAUAACACCAGGGUCAAGAGUUCGGAUCCCCAUACUGCCAGUCACAAAAAAAAAAAAAAAAAAAAAGAUGAAAAGGUAAAAGUGGUUCUUUACAUGACUGAAUCAAUUACACUUAUGUACUAAAGCUAAACAGGUUGAAGACAAUCUCCCAAGCAGACCAAUGGAAUAAAAUUUCAUUGGAAAUGUAAAAUGCUUUCACACCAAUGUUCUUGACUUUCUUCUAUUUUUGAGAAGAGUUUCAUGUGCUGGACCACUUUUUAGCUUUUUUGUUUUUACACAUUGUCCAAAAAGUUAGGUAGACGGUGAUCACACUGUUAUGUGACCACUCCGUGGAGUUCUGUAAAGAAGCAAUAUUUACUUUGUCUUUGACUAAAAAAGUUCAUCUCCUAGUUAUAUGAUUACAUUUGAUUUUGGAAUAUGGGAGCUGUUUUCUUUACAUGCUUUGGGUAAGGAAGAGAGUACAAAAAGAUUCUUGUCAAAUUUCCUUCAGAAGUAAUUUUAUGAGACAUAUCCAUAAAGCAUUAUCUAAACUCAAUUCCAUUUGCAGGAAGCCGUACAACAGCAAAAGGGGCAGGGAUAUGGAACGGGACAUGAGGUAGAUAUCUUUGCUUAUGUAAUUUUAACGUUUUACAUUGAAGAUUCUGAAAACCUAUCAUUAUUGGGGAAAAAUAUCCCUCUUAAAUUCUGGCCUUCUGUCAGCAGAAUGAUGAGUGCAAUAGUUGUAAAUCUACUUGACACUAUAAUAAACUGAACCGAACGUUUCAAAGACCCUUUCUCAUACUAGACUAAGUUUUUUGAGAAUGGAGAUAGUAUCUUAUUUAUCUUAUUUAUCUUUGCACUAUACAGGCUCAAUAAAGGUAGGUUGGUUAGUUUGGAUGGAUGGAUGGAUGACUUUCACAUAUAGCAGUGAAAUUUUUUAAAAAUUCUUUCAGGAAUUUUAGGUGAAAACAUGAUAUUGCUCAUUUAAGCCUCCUCAAACUAGAAUCUCUGAAGCAUUUUUCUUUGAUUGGUUGAAACUAGAGAAGCCAUUUAUUAUUCUUACCUUUCUGAACACUAAAAGACAGCAUAUUUCUUUAAAAGAUUCUCUCAUUUACAUGGCUGGAGGGGUAAUGGAAUAUAUCUGUUAUUGUGCUCAUGAAAAUCACAGGUCUUAAUUACAGUCUGUAA